AUGUUCAAAUUCGCCGUUGUUAUCUUCGCUGUUAUUGCCUGUGCUGCUGCCAAGCCUGGUUUUGUUACCCCUUUGGCUUAUACCGCUCCCGCUGCAGUUGUUGCUGCCGCUCCGGCUCCUUUUGUUACCGCCACCAGUAGUCAAUAUGUUGCCCGUAACUACAAUGCCACUGCUCCAGUCGUUGUCCCUGCUCCAGUCAUUGCCACUGCUCCAGUCGUUGCCCCAGUUGCUACCCCUGUUGUAGCCAAAACUGUUGCUGCUCCCAUUGUUGCCAAGACUUUAGCUGCUGCUUACACCGCCCCAAUUGCUGCUGCUUACUCUGCACCCGUUGUAACCAAAUAUGCUACCACCUAUGCUGCUCCUUUCGCUUACUCUGCUCCUUUGACUUAUGCUGCUACUGCUCCAGUUUUCUUGUAA